UGGAGCGCGGGAGCGGCGAGCGGGCGGCCGUCGGGCCUCGCCGCCCAGGGCCGACCCGGUCUCUCCGCCCUCGCUCCGUAGGGCCCGCGAUGGAGCCCGCUGCCUGGGGUCGCGCCCCGCCUUGAGCGCCCCGGCGGAGGGCCAUGCUGCGCCGAGGGCGCCCCCGGGCGCUGGGGGCCGCCGCGCUGCUGCUGCUGCUGCUACUGCUCCUCGUCGCACUCUUGCUGCUCGGAGGGGACCCGGAGAGUGAGCACCGCGCGCGGGCCGAGCGGGCCGGGGACGCGGGAUGCCGCCCCUGGCCGCUCACGCCACGUGUCCCUACAGAUGAGCGGCUGCGGGGAGCCGCCGCCCUCGAGGGGGACCCGCCGGCUGGCCGCGGGGGCCACAACCGCUCUGGCUGCGUCCUGCAGCCGCCGCUGCCGCCCAAGUGCGAGCUCCUGCACGUGGCCAUCGUGUGUGCCGGACAUAACUCCAGCCGGGAGGUCAUCACCCUGGUCAAAUCCAUGCUCUUCUACAGGAAAAAUCCGCUGCACCUGCACCUGGUGACCGAUGCCGUGGCCAAGAACAUCCUGGAGACGCUCUUCCACACGUGGAUGGUGCCUGCUGUCCGGGUCAGCUUCUAUGACGCCGAGGCGCUGAAGCCCCAGGUCUCCUGGAUCCCCAACAAGCACUAUUCUGGUCUCUAUGGGCUGAUGAAACUGGUGCUGCCCGCUGUGCUGCCCCCCGACCUGGCCCGCGUCAUUGUCCUGGACACCGACGUCACCUUCGCCUCUGACAUCGCGGAGCUCUGGGCGCUUUUUGCUCACUUUUCUGACAAGCAGCUCAUCGGGCUCGUGGAGAACCAGAGCGACUGGUACCUGGGGAACCUCUGGAGGAACCACAGGCCCUGGCCUGCCUUGGGCCGGGGAUUUAACACAGGUGUGAUCCUGCUGUGGCUGGGCCGGCUGCAGCAGGCUGGCUGGGAGCACAUGUGGAAGCUGACGGCUAAGCGGGAGCUCCUGACCCUGCCCGCCACCUCACUGGCCGACCAGGACAUCUUCAACGCCGUCAUCAAGGAGCACCCAGAGCUGGUGCAGCCGCUACCCUGCGUCUGGAAUGUGCAGCUGUCGGACCACACGCUGGCCGAGCGCUGCUACUCAGAGGCCUCGGACCUCAAGGUGAUCCACUGGAAUUCGCCGAAGAAGCUGCGGGUGAAGAACAAGCACGCGGAAUUCUUCCGCAACUUCCACUUGACCUUCCUGGAGUACGAUGGCAACCUCCUGCGGAGAGAGCUCUUCGGAUGUCCCAGCCAGCCCCCAGCCGGGGCUGAGCAGUUGCAGCAGGCCCUGGCGCAGCUCGAUGAGGAAGACGCCUGCUUUGAGUUCCGCCAGCAGCGGCUCACCGUGCACCGUGUGCACCUGACCUUCCUGCCCCACAAGCCACCGCCUCCUCGGCCUCACGAUGUCACCCUGGUAGCCCAGCUCUCCAUGGACCGGCUGCAGAUGCUGGAAGCGCUGUGCAGGCACUGGCCGGGCCCCAUGAGCCUGGCCUUGUACCUGACAGAUGCAGAGGCCCAGCAGUUCCUGCGCUUCGUCGAGGCCUCGCCGGUGCUCUCGGCCCGGCAGGACGUGGCCUACCACGUGGUGUACCGCGAGGGUCCCCUCUACCCUGUCAACCAGCUCCGCAACGUGGCCUUGGCCCAGGCCCUGACGCCUUACGUCUUCCUCAGCGACAUUGACUUCCUGCCUGCCUACUCUCUCUACGACUACCUCAGGGCCUCCAUCGAGCAGCUGGAGCUGGGCGGCCGGCGGAAGGCGGCCCUGGUGGUGCCCGCGUUCGAGACACCGCACUACCGCUUCAGCUUCCCCACUUCCAAGGCGGAGCUGCUGGCUUUGCUGGACUCCGGUUCCCUCCACACCUUCAGGUACCACGAGUGGCCGCAGGGUCACGCGCCCACAGACUAUGCCCGCUGGCGGGAGGCCCGGGAGCCGUACCGCGUGCAGUGGGCAGCCGACUACGAGCCCUACGUGGUGGUGCCGCGUGACUGUCCCCGGUACGACCCUCGCUUUGUGGGCUUCGGCUGGAACAAGGUGGCCCAUGUUGUGGAGCUAGAUGCACAGGAACAUGAGCUCCUGGUGCUGCCCCAGGCCUUCAUCAUCCACCUGCCGCACGCUCCGAGCCUUGACCUCUCGCGAUUCCGCUCCAGCCCCACCUACCGCGCCUGCCUCCGGGCCCUCAAGGAGGAGUUCCACCAGGACCUGUCUCGCCACUACGGGGCUGCCGCCCUGAAGUACCUCACUGCCCUGCAGCAGCCGCGGAGCCCGGCCUGAGCCUGGAGGCUGCGCCCUGGCCUCGGCUCCCGCCCGCUCUCCCCGCAGACACUGGAGCAGCCUUCCUGUGCCCACCCUCCUGCCUGCCCUCGUGCUAUUUAAAUUAUUUAAGGUCUCUUUGGGCUGGGUCCUGGGGUCCUCUGCUUGCUGCUAACCUACGGCGGGACCCCUCCUCCUCCUCUUCCUCAAUGGUACGUCCAGUUUUCGUCAUUAAAAGGUUUUUUUAAAAACGUGCUUUUCCACCUGGUCGUGGGGCAGGAGGGCGUCAGGGAGCGGGGAGGGGCCCUGGCCCGAGUGCGUCUUGCCCACCACCCUCCCGUGCCCCAGACCCAACACCAUGAGGCUCAGAGACUUUAUUUGGCUUUAUUUAGUAAAAUGUUAAAAUAAAUAAAUAC